UUAUAUAUUAUAUCCUUAAAAUCUGUUCUAGAGUUGGAUGCUCACCUCACCUUUCUUUCUAUUUUUUCUCUUACUAUUACAGAGCUCGCCGGAAACCUCAAUCGCCGGCGAGGAAACUUCUCCGGCGAUCAAAAAUUAAACAGCGAAAAGUAAAAGUCUUACUAUGGUAACAUCCUAUUCCUCUUCCUCAAUCUUCUCUGCUCCCUAUAGCUCUUCUCUUGCUCUCUCUUCCGUCAACCGCCAACCUUUCAAAGUUCCAAUUUUUCACCCUUUUUCAUUUCCGGCCAAAACUUCUAAUGGAUUUUCAGUUUCGAAUAAGAGAAUCAACAAUGGGGUUUUGUCUAUAUGCGCUUGCUCGACUUCUCCGUUCAUUGGAAGAGUUGGGUCUCAUAGAAGAGAAGGCGAAUCGUCAAUGCUUUCUUUUGGUAUAAACCCAGAAACGACGAAGACGAUGACGGAAGAUUCUGAAAAGGGUAAUGACUCUUCUCAAUUCUUGUCGGCAAUGCUUCCAUUCGUUGUUGCAGCCACUGCCAUUGCUGCUCUAGCUCAACCUUCAACUUUUACUUGGGUAUCAAAAGAUUUAUAUGCCCCUGCUCUUGGUGGGAUCAUGUUGUCUAUUGGAAUCAAACUUUCCAUUGAUGAUUUUGCUCUUGCAUUUAGAAGACCUUUACCGCUCUCUGUUGGGUUUAUAGCUCAGUAUGCUUUGAAACCGGUUCUUGGAGUAUUAAUUGCAAAGGCAUGCGGGGUGUCCCCGAUGUUCUUCGCGGGGUUUGUCCUUACCUCUUGUGUUGCUGGAGCUCAGCUAUCUAGCUAUGCUAGUUUUCUGAGCAAAGGGGAUGUGGCCAUAAGCAUUCUUCUCACUAGCACAUCCACCAUUGCCUCAGUUCUUGUUACACCUCUACUAACCGGCCUUCUAAUCGGUUCUGUUGUUCCUGUUGAUGCUGUGGCCAUGUCAAAGUCAAUUUUGCAAGUAGUUCUUGUUCCAGUCACUCUCGGCCUUGUGCUCAAUACUUAUGCAAAACCUGUUGUAAGAGUCCUUCAACCAUUGAUGCCUUAUGUUGCCAUGAUUUGUACUUCAUUGUGCAUAGGAAGCCCUCUUGCCAUAAACCGUAGCCAAAUUCUUUCCCCGGAAGGGUUUCGUUUGGUGUUUCCAGUAGUGGCGUUUCACACAGUAGCCUUUACUUUGGGUUAUUGGGUGUCCAAAGUUCCAGCCUGGAGGCAAGAAGAAGAAGUGAGCAGAACAAUAUCACUAUGCACAGGAAUGCAAAGCUCAACCUUAGCAGGGCUGUUGGCAACUCAAUUCCUAGGUAGCAGCCAGGCUGUUCCUCCGGCUUGUUCGGUAGUUGCUAUGGCUAUUAUGGGCCUAUGUCUAGCCUCUUUCUGGGGUAGUGGCUAUAGAAUCAGAGACAUACCAUCCCUUCUAACACAUCAAACUGGCUCCACUGUCAAAGCAUGAAGCCACAGAAGGAAUAGUUUUGGAGUCUGGUUUUUAGUGCUAGUUUAGUGUUACAUCAUUCAGAGGGUCAAAGCAUAUACAUAUAGAGGUGAAGAAUAAGGAACAAGUGUUGGAUAGUAAUGUUGGAAGAAGCAGAUGUAGGAAGAAAGAACUAGUAAAGAGUUGUGUAGUUUGACUGACUGUACAUCUUUAAUGUAAGCAGUUAAUCCAGUUUCUAUUGUUGUAUAUAUUAUGUAAACUUGACAGAAGUAUAUAUAGUUGACAAUAUACAUUGCAUAUACUCUAAGAUAUAGGCAAUGAAUGCAUUUUUUUCCUUGCUUA